GGGAUAACCUCAUUGAUUGCUUCAGCUCGAUUUGGCGACUCUUGUACGAUUCCUUGACGAUGGCGCCAUGUCUUCUAGCUCUCCCGGAUUUGAGCACACAGGGUUUGCGGGGGUGCCGAACUUCUCCAACCCAAACCCCGAAUCCUCAACUGGGGACUAGGCUUGGCCGUGGCGCAUGGCCGCUGACAGCCUCGGCUCAAACCAACGACACCAACAACCGCCGACGGCUGACGCCAGCUCUGUGAGAGGAGAUAUAUACUUAUUCAAACAUUCAUCGGCCAGUCGCCAGUUCUCUUUCCAUUGCGGACAGCUUGCCAUUCGUUGCAGUGUUCUCGUCGGCACCGCUCUAGAGAAGGCCUCAUUGUGAGCUGGGCGUAGCACAAGCCCACCAUGUCCAGCCUCAGCUCAAAGACCCCUUGGGCAGAGCCCGCCUGGCACGGCGCGCUCGAAUCACCAUACUACGACGAAUCUCACAGAGCACUUCAGAGGUACGCGCGAGAGUACGUAGACACCAACAUUGCCGCCCAUGCCCUGGAAUGGGAGGAGAAGGGCGACUGCCCCAGCCAGGCCAAGCUCGACUACAUCAACUCUGGCCUCACGUUUCUCGACAUUCCGCCGCAGUACCGCCCAGAGAAGUUCCGCACGCUUCUCGGCAUCCCUGCAGAGAAGAUGGACGUCUUCCAUUUCCUGGUCCUGAUGGAUGAGACGUUUCGCAUCGACGGCGCCGUGAGCUCUGCUCUCGCUGGAGCCAACGGGAUUGGUACCCCGCCGGUCAUCAACCACGGCACCGAGGAGCAGAAGCAGCGGUGGCUGCCAAAGCUCUUCACCCGCGAGACAAGUUUCUGCCUCGGCAUCACGGAGCCGAGCGGAGGCAGCGACGUCGGGAACAUCAAGACCACUGCCGUCAAGAGCGCCGACGGCGCCUUCUACACCGUCACGGGAGUCAAGAAGUGGAUCACGGGCGCGCAGUGGGCUACACACAUGACCACGGCAGUGCGUACGGGAGGCCCGGGACUCACGGGGAUAUCACUACUCGUGGUGCCGCUGCAGUCCCCCGGCGUCACCAUCGACAAGAUCUACAACAGCGGCCAGAACGCCGGCGGCGCCAGCUGGGUGCGGCUCGACCAGGUCCGGGUGCCGGCCGACCACCUGCUGGGCAAGGAGAACGCCGGCUUCAAGUACAUCAUGAACAACUUCAACAAGGAGCGGUUCAUGAUGUCUGUGGGCUGCAAUCGCAAGGCUCGCACCUGCCUAACCGUGGCCCUCGAGUACGCCCACGAGCGGGAGACUUUUGGGCAGACGCUGGCGAGCCACCAGAUCAUCCGGCACAAGAUCACAACGCUCGCCAGAGAGGUCGAGGCACACUGGGCCUGGCUCGAGCAGAUCGCAUACCACAUCCAGAAGCACGGUUGGCAGAGCGACUCGAUCGCCGGGCGCAUAGCGCUGGCUAAAGUCAGUGGUGGCCGCAUCCUCGAGCUGGCAGCUCGCGAGGCGCAGCAGGUCAUGGGCGGCGUGGCGUAUCAGCGAGGCGGCCCCGGAGGAGGCGGGAUAGUCGAGCAGAUCACGCGAGACCUGCGGAUGAUGGUCGUUGGCGGUGGAUCGGAGGAGAUACUCGGGGAUCUGGCCUGGCGCCAGGAGAUGAAGAAUGCGAAAGCCGCCGGAUCCAAGUUGUAAACAGUCGUGGUUUCCCGCGGUGCUUAGGUGUCUCUCUCAAAAUUGUCCUCAAAGGUGCCCUGUUGCGUUGGCAGUGCUCGAGCGGGCUUGGCUCCCUGUACCGGACCACGCCCGAAGUUAUGGGGGGAGAUUGGGGGAUAUGGACGACCCUUGAGAGCCUGGAGGUAGGCACAUGUGCAGGACAGAAAAUUUUUCAAUACGUAACCAGGAUGCAAGUCAAGGACAGGGGCCUCGUGACGGGCGCAUGUCGGAUGAGUAGCCCUGUCUGCGAGGCAUACCUGAUUCGAGCGCUUUCCGCCGAAGUUGUACAAGAACAAGAACGCAGUGACUUUUCCCCGCCUGCGGGACACUGGAGCUGUUCGUGCAGA